GAAACUGAACACCAGAAAGUCAGUGUGGAGUGAAGGGAGGCUGGAUCGGAGAGAGUGCGACGUAUUCAUCAGCUGUACGCUUGGAGUCUCGGGUUUUUCUGUAAGCCGUUGAUAGACAGAGGCGUAUUAUUCAUUGACACGAGGGGAAACCGCAUUUUGCAUGCGACGUUAUCGAUUCUGCGGGCCCAGAGACUACGGAAAGACUGGAGGAAUAAAGUUUGGGGAGCGCAACGCGCAGCGCACAGUUCUUUCGGAGUUGAAUGUGUGAGCCCAGUCCGCCUGCUCUGCAUCCCCAUGCCAAGAGCAAUGUGACCAUGGUGGGUGUUGGUAUCAAGCUUGAAGACAACGAAUCGGGAGGCAGAGUUGUCAACCGGGAAUCCUCUCCGAUCUGUGAUUGGUCAGUUGAGAAGUCAGCGCCACCUAACGCACAAUCUUCCUUGGAGAAUUCUCCUCUCAGUAAAGAACUGCUACGUUCACACACACCUGCCAGUCAAGAUGGAGGCAGCAGAGUCUAUGACAAGACUGACAGCAAACCUAACGUCAGUGAGGUGAUGCCCACAAUUGAAAAGCUUCUGAAUACAGACUGGAAAGAGAAGUUCCUCGGGAAGGGUCUUCAGGCCAGUGUCAACUUAAAAGGAACCCCGGAGAGUCUGGCAGAGAAGGAGUUUCAGUUGUUGUUGAUGAUAAACCAGCUCUCUGGUCUGCGAGAGCAGCUGCUCGGAGCUCAUUCAGAGCAGAGGAACAUGGCUGCUCUUCUGCUGGAGAAACAGCAGCAACAGAUGGAACUGGCAAGACAGCAGCAAGAACAGAUUGCCAAACAGCAGCAGCAACUGAUACAGCAGCAACAUAAAAUCAAUUUACUGCAGCAGCAAAUUCAGCAGGUAAACAUGCCGUAUGUUAUGAUCCCCGCCUUUCACCCCAACGCCCAGCCGUUGCCAGUCACCUCUGAGGCCCAGAUGGGUUUACCUCUGCAACCCAUUCCCUGCAAACCAGUGGAAUAUCCCAUGCAGUUGCUGCCCAAUCCACACUCCAAAAGGUCCAGUCUCUUUCGCCAGGACACCAGUCAACCUCUCAACCUCACGGCUAAACCCAAGACCCCGAGCCCCCAGGCACUGGAACUGGCCCACAUGCAGUCAGGGUACCGACCCAGAGAUCUGCCCCAUAGCCCUUCUCGAUCUGCCCUCAGCCUAAGCUUCUUGGGAGAGGGUGAUGUUGUGACACAAGCCAUUCAUGAUGCCCAGCAGCUGUUGCGUGGAGGACAAGGCCCGACGGGCAGAGAGAGGGACCGUGAGAGGGACAACAACACAAGGCUGGAGGCGUCUCGAGACCGGAUGGAUGAAGGACAGUGCCCUAGGACGAAUGAGGACCACCUCAGCAGUGACUCAGAGGGACAGAUGGCAAUCUCUGUUGUGGGAAGCUAUAGUGAAUCCCGGACUCCCUCCUCUGGCCACAUCAAACGUCCCAUGAACGCCUUCAUGGUGUGGGCUAAAGACGAAAGGCGACGUAUCCUGCAGGCGUUCCCUGACAUGCACAACUCCAGCAUCAGCAAGAUCCUUGGUUCCCGUUGGAAGUCCAUGUCCAAUCAGGAGAAGCAGCCGUACUAUGAAGAGCAGGCCAGAUUGAGUCGGCAACACCUGGAACGUUACCCAGACUACAAAUACAAACCCCGGCCAAAGCGCACCUGUAUUGUAGAGGGAAGACGACUGCGGGUGGGAGAGUACAAGGCCAUGAUGAAGAGCCGACGACAGGAGCAACGAGUAACGUACCCUCCGAGCCAAUCAGAGCAGCAGCUACCGUACCCCCCCAGUGAAGUACAGUACCCAACCACACCCGUGUCCAUGAGCACCUUGCCCUUGCACCCUGCCCUCCUGGAGCACUACCUCCCCCGGGCUCUGGAGCCCCCGCAGAUCCGAGGUGACGAGACGCAGGAGGCCGCGCGGCCCCGACAGCCCUACAGCGAAGGAGAGGAGAGUGACACGGGCGAACGCAGUGAGGGAGAGCUGGUCGUCCUCACCGACUGAAAUGAAACGAGGAAAGGAUGGGUGGACAGAGAGGGUGGAAAAUGCAAGAGAUGGAGAAAAUAAUCGGGAGAGUUUGGAAUCUCUACAACGUGAUUGUGUCCAAAAAAAUGGUAUAGGUCAGUGUUUUCCAGUCCAGUUUUGAGGAUGUCCUUGCAAACUGGUUUCAAACCAGCCAGAUCGGUCACAUGUUCCUCUGAGGUUGGUUAGGGAGGCAGGAGACAAGUAGUUUAACAAAGGAUAGAUAUUAAUAUUUCAGAUUUUCCCAGUGGUGUAAGCCAGACAUACAGAAUAGGUCUUACACAGUGACCAGAGCCUGGAAAAAGCAAGACUUUUUCAAUCUAAAAUAUUCGCUGUUAAACUGCAGAUCCCGAGUCGUUUGAAGGCACUGUGGAGCUGGUGUUGCAAAAGUAAAUGUUAUCUGUAAAGUGCGUAAGAAAAUGCUAGGGAAUUGACUCUUCUAGAAGGGGUACAGAUAAGUAUAUUCACGGUUGACUUGUUUGAAAAAGUUCCACAGAUUAUACGGUGUCAAAUAAUAGAAUGCAUAAGAAGGAACAGUUCACCCAAAAAUGAAAAUGAGAUUAGAGCGAGUAAACAGUGACAAAAAUAUAAUUUUUGGACAAACUAUUUCUUGUAAUAGCCAAUAGAUGGAGCGCUCUGAACGAUUAGCCAUAUAUAAAUAUAUAUAUAUAUAUAUAUAAAAAACUAAAGCCUGUGUGCUUUAUAAUGCUUCUUGAUGUCACCAGGGUUUUCCUGCAAAAGUUCCUGUUAAGACUGUGCCAAGGUACUUUCCAGAGCUCAAGGGCUGAGCAAAAAAAAAAAAAAACAAG